UCUUUUGCUUUUGCCCGUUUGCGGAUUUUCAUAGUUCAGUGCGCUUUCCAGUCGACAACGACAACGCGAACGGACGACGACAACAACGGCGACAGCUGACGACAGCAGCAACAUCAGCAUCAGCAUCAGCAUCACCCAUCAGCGACGGAGCAGCAGCGUCUAAAUAUAAUCAUUUUUAUUUGUGAUUUAUUUAAUCAACAUCUCACCCAGAGGCCAACCAGAAAGAUUGGCGACUGCGGGGGCGGUACACGGCCACGAGAUAGAUGGGAAAAUCAAAGAAAAGAGCGGCAAAUUGCUCUUGAAAGUGAAAGAAAUUGCACUGAAAGUGCAACAAAGUGUUUGCUUAUCGGCUAUCGGUGAUUGAAUCAAUCAGCUUAUUGAUAUUACAAAGCCAAAGUGCCGAUGGUGAAUGUAAAUUGAUAAGAGAAGUGCGGAUAUCGCACUUGAAUAUGUAAAAAAAAAAAAAGGAAAAAUGGGAAAGAGCCACUUUGACUGGAUUAAGUUUGAUUUACCACACAACUGCACAAAAGCACUAAAAACUGGAAAGCUGUUAAAAUUUAAAAACGAGGAAAUACAAAUUUUAUGGCUAAUCGCAUAAAUUGGCAAUCCAACAAAAUAACGAAGUUAAUACAAUUUAAAUCAGCAUGGCAAAAUAAUGUUGUAAUCUGAAAUAGCUUAUGUCGUGUAUCCGUUAUCCGAAUACGAGGUUUUUUUUUACUUCGAAAAAUAUAUUAAUCUUCAAGAAAAUCAGUGCUAAACAAACGUAAAAGUGAAAUAUUUAAAGCAGAAAACAUGCCCACAAAAUAUUUAAAUCGGUGUUGGCUUUAAUCUUGCAAUCUUCUUGCUGCUGUCACAGUUAAAUUGGGUUUUAAAAAGAUGCUCUUUUUAUCAGAGGCCGAAGCUUCCUUAAAAAUAUAGCCGAAAAGCAUAUCGAGAGUGAAAUAAUUAAUGCAACACAUGCUUAAAACAAAAGAUGUUGCAAGCGGCGGCAAUCGCUUAAAUCAACAAUCUUAUACAAACUGAUGUUGCUGCUAUCGCUUAUCGUUACUUGGUGAAAUCAGUCAUAUUUUGUUGCUAUCGGCGCAUUCGUUUUGGCCAAACAUUUUAACCACAACAAAUUGUUAUGCGUGUUGUUGUAUUUGAAGCUGUUGUUGCUCUUGCCAUUAUGCAAUAUGCCGCAGUUUGAUGAAUCUUUUUUGAGCGACUGUGCGCUGGCCGAUCGCUGGCGUUUCUAUUCGUACACGGUCAAGCAAUUGCCACCGAAUCCCAGUCACGGCGGUGAUGAUGAUGUUCGUCAUCAUUGGAAGACUCAGCGACAAUCUUGGUCGCCGCGCGACGGCAACAAUAACACUAAUAACAACGGCCCAAGUAGCAACAGCAACAGCAACAGCAACACCUGCAGCAGCAUCAGCAACAUGGGCAGCGGCAACACGUUGCAUAGCAUCAAAUUCCACAGACGUCGCAAAUACAAAAAGCUGGCGCGAUUGGCGCUAUCAACGCCGGCGAUUCCGCAGCAGAUGGAUGUGGAUGUCGAUGUGGAUGUGGAUAUCGGUGUGGCGAUGGCGAUGGCGCUGCCCGCCACACCUGUGCCGCUCAAGAAUGCGGUGUGCCACGGCAGUAUCAGUUCUCCAUCCACGCCCGGCAUCGGAGUGGGCGGUGGCGGCUGCAGCAGCAGCAGCAACAACAGCAUCAACAGCGGCGGCUACUCGACCGCCUGCACCCCGCCACCACCCACGCAGCAGCAUCAGCAUCAGGCGCAGCAACAGACGACGCCUGGAGGAUCUAGUCGGGUGCCACCAGCACCACCCAGUGCCGGAUCGUCGGGCCACAAGAACAGCCUAAAGGGCACCAAGCUAGCGCGCCGGGCGCGCUCCUUCAAGGACGACCUGAUCGAGAAGAUCUCCCUGAUGCGGACCACCAACAACACCCUGGGUCGCUCCCACUCGCCGCACAGUCCGCGCACCAAGCACGGCUCGAAGGCACCGCCCACCACCGAGGAGGUGCAGCGGUCCACCCAAACGCUGGAGACGCACGUCAAGGACAUCUCGAAUGCCCUGAAGCACUUCCGCGAUGUUAUACUCAAGAAGAAGCUGGAGGUGCUGCCCGGCAAUGGCACGGUCAUCCUGGAAACCAUUGCCAGCAUGUACUCCGUGAUCCAAACCUAUACCAUGAAUGAAAACAGUGCCAUCAUGAGCUCCGCCACGCAGCAGGUGUACCACAGCCUGGGCAAGCUCAUCAAGCUCUGCGACGAGGUGAUGCUCUCCGAGGAGAGCGGCGAGUGCGCUUCGUUGAGCAACGAGAAUGUUCGGGAAGUCAUCGAUCUGCUGGAGGAGGCAGUGCGGAAUCUCGUUACACUGGCGCAGGGCAAGUUGAAGGAGCAGGAUCAGAGCGCCUUCCGCUAUAGUGGAUCUGGUUUGGGCGGCAUUGGAGCUGCGGCGGAUAUUAUGAGCGUAGUUUCCGCCUCGCCAGUUCCAUUGGGCGGUGUCCCAGGCGCCGGGAUCAUGCGUGUUUCGGCUGCCGAAUCGAUUGGCCAGCGCACUUCGUUGCCGGACAUUGGACUCACGCCCAAGGAACGCGACAUCCUGGAGCAGCACAAUGUGAAUCCCAUGCGCGGCUCCCACAGCACCGAUAGCAUCCUGCGCGACACGAGUCCACCGCCAAAGCCACCGCUACCCAAUCGGGCCAGUAAUCCUCCGCCGUUGCCGCCCAAGCGACGCAGCCAGCCGGGAGCACCUUCCGCUGGAGUGGCAGUGGGCUCCUCCUCGUCGACAUCCACCUCCAAUCAGGCCAGUCCGCUGCCCUACGCUCAGUCGCACAAUAUCAGCCUGAACUCGGUCCUGGACUGCAGCUCUAACAUCUCGCUGCUGAACUAUGGCGUGGAUCAUCUAUCAGUGCGCUCACGAUCACCGGAUGAGAAUAGUCAGUGCUCCUUCGACUCGGCGUUGAAUCACUCGCGGGAGGAGGAGGACCAACAGCAACAGCAGCAGCAGCAACAACAGCAGCAGAGACAGAUGCCAAAGAUGCCGGCGAUGAUGGACGAGGACAUGGACAAGCUGGUCAGCUACAGUGAGUAUUGUCGCAACGCUCCGCCGCUCCCCUCACUCUGCUCAACUCAAGUGGUGGCCCCCCCAACCAACGAAUCCCGUACAAAAUCCAUCGGUUAUGCAGGCGCCGCCAUGGAGGACAAAAUGCAGGCACCACUUUCGGUUGGUGGUGCUGCCGGUGCUGGUGCUGGUGCUGGUGGAACUGGAGGAGCUGCCGAUGGCGGAGCUGCUGCAGCGGCUGGUGGCGGGGAAACUAACAGCAAUCGCCACUCAAACGAAUCGGGUUUCGUUUCGAUGCGCGAGUUUCGCACCUCCACGCAGACGACGGAGUCCUCUACGAAAUCCUCGAGCAGCAACUCGGAGAUUGCGUUUAGCAUCAGUGAGUCGACGGCGGUCGGGAGCAGCAGCGAGUACCAGCAGAUUAGCCAGUCGGUGUCGCACAGCCAGAGGCAAAUCUCGAGCAGCAGUAGCAGCUGCACCACCGCCACCACCAGCAGCAGCACCACCACCACCGGCUAUGGCAGCGGCAGCAGCGAACUGGAGCAGCAGACGGCGCCGGUGGUGAUGCGUGCUCUGGGAUCCUCGCCAGAACUGGCGCCCGCCCUGCCGCCCAAGAGUAUCCAGCGCGGCAGUCUCACGCGCCAUGAGUCGACCGGAGCUGGCGAUGAGUUGGACGAGGCGCAUUCCUCCUCCGGCUGGGCCAGCCACCGGAGCAGCCAGUCGGAGGUGGCCGAGCUGCGCCAGCUGUCGCCGCACCAUCACCUCAAUCCCCACCAUCCGCACACCUGCUCCGCCGGACAGCUGCAGCAUUGGCAUUCCAAGCACCAUAGCCUGAUCGAGGGACCGCAUCUCCAGCGCUGCUUGGACCAGGAGCCACCGCCGCUGCCCAUGAAGAAAAAGCACAUGUUUCAAAGUGUGGCCUUUUCGGUUCUGGCUUACAUGGAGAUCUGUUCGGCGUCCACUCGAUCUAUUGAGCAUCGCUACACGAUGCACUCGUGCAACAUUAGUCGCAACAUUUCGCACAGUCAGACCAUGAACAUCAUGAGCAAGGAGCUGUCGCCGGAGGUAGAGAUACCGCCCGCCCUUCCGCCAAAGAACUCCAAGCAGCGCAAGGCGACCAGCAUGGGAGCAUCGCCCUCGCUGCAGCCCAUCAUUGUGACCACGCCGCCGCCGAGUCCAAAGCCGACGCUGGCCGAGAACGGGUCGACGGGCAGACCGGACAGCCGGAUGGCCACCGUUUGCGAGGAGCUAAACGACAGUUUGGUCGGCGAGGAAUCGAUGCCGGAGCCCCGUUCGCCUGUGCUGGACAGCAAUGAGAACGUGAGCGCCGUCGACGAUGGGCAGACCUUCUAUUGUCACUCGCAUCAGCUCCCCAGCGAAGUGGGCGUGGGAGCUGGCGAGGGCGCGGACAAUGCCGGCCAGCCGAUCAGCACGCCCCAGGUGCUCGAGGAGCCGGAGCAGACGAAGGACCAGUCUCGAGCAGGAGCAGCUGCUGGUGAGGAGGCUGCCAAGGCAGAGAACGCCGACAAGAAGGAGGAGGAGGAGGCGGAGCCAAAGGAGAUGCUGAUCAACAUGCUCGAGGAGGUCAACAUCACACGGUACCUGAUACUCAAGAAGAAGGAGGAGGACGGGCCCGAGGUGAAGGGCGGCUACAUCGACGCCCUCAUCGUGCACGCCAGCCGUGUCCAGAAGGUCUCCGACAAUGGUAGGCAUUCGCAGAAGAAGAAGCACAAGCAGCACAUACAUACCAAAUCCCAUUCGCAUGGUCAUUUACCCAACGCCUCUGUUGUCUCUGUCCAUUCCGUUCGUGCAGCAUUCAGCGAGGCCUUCAUUACCACUUUCCGCACCUUCAUCCAGCCGAUCGACGUGAUCGAGAAGCUAACCCAUCGCUACACAUACUUCUUCUGUCAAGUGCAGGAAAAACAGCAGAAGGCCGCCAAUGAGACCUUUUCGCUGCUGGUCCGAGUCGUCAACGAUCUCACGUCGACGGAUCUCACCAUUCGGCUGCUGAGCCUGCUGGUGGAGUUUGUCUAUCAGUUGGUUUGCUCCGGCCAACUCUACUUGGCCAAGUUGCUGCGCAACAAGGUCGUGGAGAAGGUGAUGCUGUACAAGGAGCCCAAGGUGUACGGCUUAAUCGGGGAGCUGGAGUUGGGUGGAGCUGGUGGUGCCAUUGGAGCGAGCGGAUGUGGUGGUAGCAGCGCAGCUGGUGGAGGAGGAGGCAAUCAGCCCAGCCUGCUGGACCUCAAGUCGCUGGAGAUUGCCGAACAGAUGACGCUGCUGGAUGCUGAGCUGUUCCAGAAGAUUGAGAUACCCGAAGUAUUACUAUUUGCCAAAGAUCAGUGCGAGGAGAAGUCGCCCAACCUCAACAAGUUUACCGAGCACUUCAACAAGAUGUCCUAUUGGGCGCGCUCCAAGAUCCUGCGCCUGCAGGAUGCCAAGGAGCGGGAGAAGCAUGUGAACAAGUACAUCAAGAUCAUGAAGCACUUGCGCAAGAUGAACAACUACAACUCAUAUUUGGCAUUGCUGUCGGCCCUCGAUUCGGGUCCCAUAAGAAGAUUGGAGUGGCAAAAGGGCAUCACCGAGGAGGUGCAAUCCUUCUGCGAACUCAUCGAUUCCAGCUCCAGUUUUCGCGCCUACCGCCAGGCCCUGGCCGAAACUAGUCCGCCCUGCAUACCCUACAUCGGCCUAGUUCUGCAGGAUCUGACGUUCGUGCAUGUCGGCAAUCAGGACUACCUGUCCAAGGGCGUCAUUAACUUCUCUAAGCGCUGGCAGCAGUACAACAUUAUUGUCAACAUGAAACGUUUUAAGAAAUGCGCCUAUCAAUUUCGACGCAACGAGCGCAUAAUACGCUUCUUUGACAACUUCAAGGACUUUAUGGGCGAGGAGGAGAUGUGGCAGAUAUCCGAAAAGAUCAAGCCGCGAGGCCGCCGCCCCGUCAACUAUUAGUCUUCAAGCAGCCACAGCAGAACACCAAUAUUAUAUAUUACAAGAAAUAUAUAUACAAUAUUAAUUAAAUAGUGCAAAGGGUUGGCACGUCUUGGAGAUGCAUCAUCAGGAGCAGCCGAAAAACUAUUCUAAUGGGUCUGAGCAUAAUGUUCGCUAUUCUCUGUCUAUAUAUACAAUUAUACAAGAUAACUAGCUAUAGUUACCAUCCGAUGCUGGAUCAGAAAUACAUACACUUAAGAUGUAGAAAUUCAGAUACGGAUACACGUAGCCGCGUACAAAUAACGAGCCGAUCUGUAGUUUAACUAUUAAGCUCUAUGACGGUUGGGCCGCGGUCCAACCUCAGCUAACUCCCCACCAAUAAUCGAGUCCCUAUCUACAAGUCCCUGUAUUUUCCCCGGAAUUUUUGCCAGCACUAGAACACCAAACUUACGAACCACCAGAGACAACCAAUCAAGAAAUCAGCAAUUUUCGCUUUUGUUUUGAGAUCUCUUUUUACACAAGAACACAACGAAUUUUUGGAAUCAAGCUACGUGUACGUAGAGGCCAACCGAAAAACUAUAUCCGAUGAUAUAUGUAGCGAUAUCUCGGACUAUAAAUCGAUGCAAUCCACGGGCAGAACACCAAGCUACCAAGCACAAAGCGUUAUAUGCAAUUCUCUCAAAACAACCAAUAAUUAAUACCUAAUCCUGUGUGUUAGAAGUUAUUGAAUAUAAGACUCAGAACCGAAUUCGGAUUCCAGAGUGCAAAAAGCAGAGCAGUGUCGAUCAAAUCAAUCGAUCGAAUCAAAAAUUCAUUUCGCGACUCAAUUAAUCGAAACAACUUUUAAAGUUACAAAAAAAAAAAACCAAUGGGAGAUUAUCUAAAUUCAAUUUGCUUUUAAAUGUACGACUAACAUAACAAAAAUAUUUAUGGGCAUGUAAUAAUAGUUCUAAAUAAAGCUUUUGACUCCUCCUUUCGAUUCUGCAAGGAAUAAAUUUA